GUCGAGUCACACUUUACUGUGCCAACACAAGGCGGAGGUUGGCAUGCCCUGGACCAGACCCCAAGUGGACCUUCAUGCUGGUGCAGCAGAGGCCAUGGACCAGUACAACACAGAAGAACACCACCACUACGAGGGCUCCCUGUUCCCCACCUCCACCCUCAUCCCAGUCACCGUCAUCUGCAUCCUCAUCUUUAUCAUCGGGGUGACGGGCAACACCAUGACCAUCCUCAUCAUCCAACACUUUAAGGACAUGAAGACCACCACAAACCUCUACCUGUCAAGCAUGGCGGUGUCCGACCUCAUCAUCUUCCUCUGCCUGCCCUUCGACCUCUACCGCCUGUGGAAGUAUGUGCCCUGGCUGUUUGGGGAGGCGGUGUGCCGCUUCUAUCACUACAUCUUUGAGGGCUGCACCUCGGCCACCAUCCUUCACAUCACGGCAUUGAGCAUCGAACGCUACCUGGCCAUCAGCUUCCCCCUCAGGAGCAAGGUGGUGGUGACCAGACGCAGGGUGCAGUACAUCAUCCUCGCCUUGUGGGGUUUCGCUCUGGUUUCUGCAGCUCCCACUCUCUUUCUGGUCGGGGUGGAGUAUGACAAUGACACACACCCGGACUACAACACGGGGCAGUGCAAGCACACCAGCUACGCCAUCAGCUCGGGGCAGCUGCACAUCAUGCUCUGGGUGUCCACCACCUACUUUUUCUGCCCGAUGCUCUGCCUCAUCUUCCUCUACGGCUCCAUCGGGUGCAAACUGUGGAAAAGCAAAAAUGAUCUGCAGGGCCCCUGUGCUUUGGCCCGUGAAAGGUCACACAGGCAAACGGUGAAGAUCCUGGUGGUGGUGGUGCUGGCCUUCAUUAUCUGCUGGCUGCCCUACCACAUCGGCAGGAACCUCUUCGCCCAGGUGGACGACUACGACACGGCCAUGCUGAGCCAGAACUUCAACAUGGCUUCCAUGGUGCUCUGCUACCUCAGCGCUUCCAUCAAUCCUGUUGUCUACAACCUCAUGUCAAGGAAGUACAGGGCUGCAGCCAAACGCCUCUUCCUGCUGCACCAGAGGCCCAGACAAGCCCACCAUGGCCAGAGACAGCUCAGUGUGGUCGACCACAUCUCCACCCUGAACGAAAGCUUGACUGGGGUCUGAGACGCCCCACGGCACACCCUGUUUUUGGAGGCGUGUUUGUGUCUUCAUUGACCAAGAGAUGGUUUGCAAGGUCCAGGAGCUGCAGCUAAAGAAGACACUUGCUGAAGAUGUGUAGAGGAGGGAUGCCUGCUGCAGUUUGUCUUUGAGUAGGGGGAGAAGCAGGACUGUGAGCUCCACAGCACUUAAACGAAAAACCAGAUUUAUUAUGACUCAGUGGCAUUUUGUUCACAGAGACCAGAUGAGGAUUUCCAGUCGUGUCACAUUUUUUUCUUGUAACAAAAAUAGGAAUUCAUUUGACUCCAGUUGCCAAAAGUUGUAAUUUAUAUUUUCCAUUUUCAGUGUUGCACCUCAUGCACAAGUAUUUCCCCCCACAAGUAUUUGUUGGUACAGUGUCAACGCUUGUGGAGCACAUGCACCCUUUCAGUUCACAUUUGCCAUCAGUCAGCAGCAAAUUGGUCCCUCUUUGUUGACGUGACAGAUGAUGUUUGCCAAAUAACUGUUCAUUUAUAAUGUUUAAUUGUCAUCUCGUCUGUUGUAAAAUUGAAUUUAGUUAAUGUACAGCGUACAAUUAUUAUGCUAUUUGUUGUUUGUUCUUAUAAAUCAAGAAAAACAAAGCAAGUAAACCUAUUAGCUGUGGGCCAUUAAUUGUUCAGAUCUGACUCUGUGUGUGUGUGUGUGUGUGUGUGUGCCUGUUUACCAUCUCUCCAGUGAAUAGAUGGAACAUCAACUCGAUAAGCAAAUUACUCUGAGAAUGGGUUUGUUCUUGUCUGUGUGGGCGAUACAGAGGCCACCUGAGCCUUGAGGUGUUGAGGGCUGCGUACGUGUCGGCCAUCACAUGUAAUCUGACACAGCUAUUAUAUUACCUGUGCUCU